AUGAAGCUUCUCCUAUCAGAUAAUCCAGAAAGGAGAAUUGGUAUUCUUUCGAAUGAAUAUGCUUUAAUAUUUAAAGCAGUCCAUAACCAUAAAUCCAACAAAUUAAAAGAUAAACCAUAUUGUGCUAUUGAACUGGUAAAUAAAAAUAUUAUAGAUUCUCAACAUUUUAUCGAACUAUCUACUAAGGAAAUACAUGGUUUUAUUGGCCUUAUUGAAGUGGAUGGCUUGAUAUUUAUUGGUGCCAUUACUGGUAAAUCAAGAGUGGCAUCUCCUAUCCCGAAGGAAAAUGUUAAUAAGAUUCACUCUGUGGAUUUUUUCUGUUUGAACGACUCAACCUGGGAUUUCUUUGAAUUAGAUUCUUCUGGCUACCCAAUUUUAUCAGAUCCAUACGACUCCAACUCAAAUAGUUUUGACCAACAGUAUAGUAGCAGUAAUCUCACAUUGCCAAAACAUCCAUGUUUUGAAUUAAAAAAAUUACUUUCAAAUGGUUCCUUUUACUAUAGUUCUGACUUUGAUUUAACAUCUACUUUACAGAAUAGAGGAGUGGGUACUCAUUCCUUAAGCUCAGAUAACUAUGAAGAUGAAUAUAUGUGGAAUUCCUUUUUAAUGCAAGAAAUUAUUACUUAUAGGGAUAGACUAGAUAAUCAUGCAAAGCAAAUAUUAGAUGAUGAAGGAUUUUUAACUACUGUUAUUAGAGGGUUUGCCGAGACAUUUGUAACCUAUAUUAAAGACACUAAAGUUGCAUUAACAGUUAUAUGUAAACAAAGCUGGAAAAGAGCGGGAACUAGAUUUAAUGCUCGUGGUGUUGAUGAUGAUAGUAAUGUUGCUAAUUUUGUAGAGACUGAAUUUAUAAUGUAUUCCAAAAAUAUCUGUUUUUCCUUUAGUCAAAUUAGAGGUAGUAUUCCUGUUUUUUGGGAACAAGAUACAUCUUUGUUAAAUCCCAAAGUUCAAAUUACAAGAUCCAUUGAAGCUACACAACCCGUUUUAGACAAGCAUUUCCUAAAACUCAUAAAGAAAUAUGGUUCCGUUCAUGUUGUCAACUUGCUUUCAACUAAAUCUUCUGAGAUUGAAUUAUCACAAAGAUAUAAAGAGCACAUUACUUGUUCCAAAAAGAUCCAUUUAAAUGAAAAUGUUUAUUAUACACCUUUUGAUUUUCAUCGCGAAACAUCUCAAGAGGGUUUUUCUGCAGUUUUUAGAUUGAUACCCAAAAUCAUGGACGCUAUUUUGAGACAGGGUUAUUUUGCCUACAAUAUUCAAGAAAAGAAAGUUUUAUCUGAACAACAUGGAAUAUUUAGAACCAAUUGUUUGGAUUGUUUAGACAGAACAAACUUAGUUCAGCAGGUGAUCUCGUUAGCCGCAUUUAAAUCCUUUCUACAAGAUUACAAACUUAUACCAGAAAAUACCUACAUUGAUGAAGAAGAUUUCGUGAAUAUACAUAACACAUUAUGGGCUGAUCAUGGUGAUAUGAUCUCCCAAAUUUAUACUGGUACGAAUGCUUUAAAAUCUUCUUUUUCAAGAAAAGGGAAAAUGUCCUUAGCUGGUGCUUUAUCUGAUGCAACGAAAUCUGUUAGUAGAAUGUAUAUAAACAAUUUCAUGGACAAGGGAAAACAACAGAAUAUCGAUACUUUAUUAGGUAGAUUACCUCAUCAAGUUCCGGUACAAUUAUAUGAUCCAGUUAAUGAAUAUGUAACAUCAGAAUUAGAAAGAAUGUCAGAAAAAUUCACUUCCUACUCUGUUAUUAAUCUAUUUGUAGGAACUUUUAAUGCCAACGGGAAUACACGGAAACUGGAUUUAUCAAAAUGGCUGUACCCUAUUGGGGAAAAAUUUAAGCCAGAUAUAGUUGUUUUGGGUUUACAAGAAGUCAUAGAAUUAACUGCUGGUUCUAUCUUGAACGCAGACUAUUCUAAAAGAUCCUUUUGGGAGAAUAUGGUUAGCGAAUGCUUAAAUCAAUAUAAUGAUAAAUACAUCCUUUUAAGAGUAGAACAAGUUACAUCCAUGCUAAUAGUAUUUUUUGUUAAGUCCGAUAAAGCUAAAUAUGUUAAACAGGUGGAAGGUGCAAGUAAAAAAACUGGAUUUGGCGGGAUGGCAGGAAAUAAAGGUGCGGUAGCUAUUAGAUUCAAAUUUGCACAAACAUCAUUUUGCUUUGUAAACGUACAUUUCGCUGCAGGCAUUAAUAAUAUAGAAGAUCGUAGAAAUGAUUAUGAGAAUAUUCAAAGAGGUAUUUUAUUCACCAGAUCAAAUACUAUUAAUAAUCAUGAUUCUAUAUUUUGGUUGGGUGAUACAAAUUUUAGAUUAAAUUUACCCAAUGAUGAUGUAAGAAGAGAAUUGAAUAAUAAGACUGAAGGCUAUUUAUCUAGAUUAUUACGUUAUGAUCAAUUGAUUCAGGAGAUGAAAGGUGGUAGAAUCCUCAAAGAUUUUGUUGAGCCAGAAAUUAAAUUCAGACCCACAUAUAAAUUUGAUAAUGGAACAGGAAGAUAUGAUUCUUCAGAAAAAGCAAGAACUCCAUCUUGGACUGACAGGAUCGUUUAUAAAGGCCAAAAUAUCCAGCCAUUAGCUUAUUCUGAUGUACAAUUAUUAAUCAGUGAUCACAAACCUGUCUUUGGCGCAUAUAAAGCUAAAGUAAAACAUGUCGAUGAAACGAAAAAAAUUGAAUUAACUCAGCAAUUAUUUGAAAAUUAUAAAAAAAUGCAUCCUAAUGAAACUAGUACAAUAACUUCUCAACUUCUUAAUUUAGGGUUAGAAGAUAGCCAAGAAAAUCCUCCAUCUAUGAACACCUCAUUAUCAGAUUUAAGUUUUUUAAAUAUGCCAAACAAUAACAGUAAUGACAUUAAUGGAAAUUCUUCGACAAGAUUGACGUUAGACCCAUCAAGAACAACAAGUCUAGUUGCAUCGGCAACUGCUUCUUCUUCAUCAGCAUCAAUAGCAUCAUCUUUAUCACCCCCUGUAAUGCAACCAAAGAAAGAAAGUAAUGAUAAAAUGACAAAACUCGAGUCUAUUGCAACAAAUCCAAGUGGAUCUAUGACAAAACCAAUAUUACGUCCUCCUCCACCGCCAAUUUUAUCUAUGAAUAAAACUGUAUCAUCUCCAAUGCAAUCCGCUUCUAAUAAUAAAAUACCUACUGCGGUUAGAUCUUUAGAAAGUGGAGUAACUAAUAUUAAAACAAAUAGACUAACAAGACCUUCACCACCACCAACAACUAUUACUCCAUCUAUUAAUGAUAGCCACGGUAUUACCCAUGAUAUGCACAAAAGUGUAACUUCUUUACCUGCCACUAAUAAAGUGAUACAUGAACCACCUGGAUUUGAUAGUAAUAUUAUUUUGAUACCAAAAAAUAGAUCAUCUACCCCUACAUCAGUUACUACCAACUCUAAUACAAAUUCAUCUUCUAGUAAUAAGAAUGAUGAAAAUAUUGCUGCUAAUAGCAAUAUAAAUAACGUGGUAGUGAAGGAAUCUAACCAAGUACCUAUAACAGAUAACAACACCAACAAUGAUUUAACACAAAAUAAUAAUAAUUCAAAGGAUUCUAUACAUAGAUUAUCUUUAAAUUCAUGGCAACCACUAACACCAAAAUAG